AAAACAAUUUUUUUUCAUAGAUUGAAAUGUUUCUUGGUCACAAAUACUAAGCACAUUCUAUGUGUCAUGUAUUAAGAAUACAAACACAGUAAAUGCAAUGGUCCCGACAUAUAUAUAUAUAACAACAACUUGAGUUCUAAUAGGAGACAACAAAUCAUACAUUUACAUAUUAUGCACAUGCACAUAUAUUUAUUUAUAUAAAACAAUUUUUAACUUAAAAAAUGAAUUUCAAUAUCUCUCCCCUUCUCUCUCCCUACUUCCUGAGAUGGCAAGCAAUUUGAUAUAUGACCCUUUCAUUUCAGAAAUUAGGAAAUCACUUUUACAGGUUCAUAUAAUAGUGAAGUUGAAACUGGGUUCUUUGCCCCCAAAUCCGAUAUUCUGUCCACUAUAAUACUCUGCCUAACAAUCUUAGAACUUCAGGUGGCAUUUGUCUUGUUUCUCCAGACAUCCUGACUCUCCUUAUGAUCCAGUCAGAUUAACACCAAAGGAUGAGGUUGUGUCUAAUUAUAAUUCAGAUUUAUAUAGGAUUUUCUUCACAAUAACCCAUUUUCCAGAUGAGCUAACUGAUGAUCAAUUAAUUUAAUGACUUGCUCAAGGUUACGCAAUCAAGAAAUGUUAGAUCUAAUAUUGCAGGGCCAAAACUAGUAGGAAAUAAAUGGGAAGGGAAGAAGUAUUUAUUAACUAUAUGUCAGGUACUAUGUUAAACUCUUUGCAAAUAUUUCAUUUAAUCCUCAAGACAAUCCUGUGAGGGAGAUGUUUUUAUAGUUGAAAAAAUGAGGCAAAGAGAGGUGAAAGGAUUUGCCCAGAAUCACACACUUGGCGUCUGAGACCACAUUUGAUUCCAGGUCUUCCCGACUCUAAGCUCAGCACUAUCCAUCGCACACCUAGCAAAUGAGGUGCCCAAGGUCAUAAGCUGAGGAAAUAUGAUAGGUUUGUAGAAUAAUACCUGUAGAGGUGACGGAUACCUUUCAGGUUAUCAAGUCUAACUUUCUUCAUUUACAGCUGAGAAAACAGCCCAAGUUCAUUGAUUCCAAAAUCCAGUGAUAUUUCCACUGUAAUGAAUUGCUUCUCUAAAGGAGAUGGGGAAAUCAGGGUUUAGAUUAGGCUACAUCUAGCUUCAAGAAACCAUCUGAUCCCAAUACUCUGAAAACAGUACGGAAAAGAGUGUGCAUUAGGAGGGUGGAGGCUGGACUUCUAUUAUUCGCUGUGUCCUCCGGUCAGCCCAUUGGUUGGUGUUGGGGGUGGGGGAGAGGAAACCUGGAAGCUCCUAGCUAGAAAGUUCAGGCUCAGACCUGGGCACCGAGGGUCUGACCUGAUUGGUCAGAGUGGCCCCGUUAACCUCUUGUGAUUGGUCUAGUGGGUAUACUGGAACUUCACGAAGAGAACGGCACUUUCGGCUUCUAUCCUCCCCAAGGGUUCUGCUAUUGGAGGGGUGGGGUGGGGAUAGGGAGCGGGGCGGUGUCUCGCUGUCCAGCUGUCAAGUUGCUGACGCUAUGAGGGCCCCAGGGCCACUCGGGUUUCCCCCACGAGUGAGCAGCGACGGCUGAGCCAGCAUCCUUGGCGUCCUCGGGCUAAAUAAGGAUCCAGCUCGGGCUGGGUAGACGAAGCCUGGGGUCCCGGGGGGACCAGGGGCUACCUCGCCAAACAAGGCGAGGAGGGGAGAUGUAUAUAAAGCCAGGGGCGCGGGGCUACCUGCCCUCCGCGUCCAGUCCUGUGCUGUCCUGGGAACUUCACGCUGAACGCUAAUCUUGCCCUUCGACUCAAGCCCUUUUUAUUGGUCCCUCCGCCCCCAGCCCCGUGAUGUCCAAAGCAGCUCCGGCCAAGAAGCCAGCGGCCCCACCUCCAGGCUGCACCCUGGACAUCAAUGACCCCCAGGUGCAGAGCGCUGCCAUCCGCAUCCAGGCCUCUUACCGGGGCCACAGGUCCCGGAAAGAGCUGAAAGAAAAGGGUCCACCCCGCGUCCUGCAGCCGCUGCAGGACGUCGUUCUGAUCGAGGGAAGCGCAGCGAAACUGUCCUGCCGGAUCUCGGCUUUUCCUGACCCUUUUAUCCGCUGGAGCAAAGACGGCAAGGAGCUCCGUGACGGGCCCAAGUACCGCUACGUUUUCGAGGACCCCGACGUGGUGGCCCUGGUGGUGCGCGACGGAGAACUCGCCGACCUAGGCCAGUAUAGCAUCAACGUGUCCAAUCCCUUCGGCGAGUGCUCGGACUCUGCGCGGAUACUCGUGGAAGUCCCAGCGAAGAUCAAGAAGGGACCAGACAAUACUAAAGCACGCAGAGGAACCACGGUGACUCUAACCGCGGAAAUCCUAGGCGAGCCACCUCCCGACGUGGGAUGGACCAAGGACGGGCUGGACAUCGAAGAGGAUGACAGGGUGUUCUACGAGAUCGGGAACACCAAUACUACGCUGACCAUUCGCCGGGCCACAGCUGAGGACAGCGGCAAGUAUGAGGUCUACGUGGAGAACAGCCUGGGGAUGGACCAGAGUUUUGCCCGCGUGGAUGUUGCCUGAGGGGGAAUCCUCGGUAUUCCCGGUGCCGGGGCCGUCGCGACAUCCUUUCUUUCUCGAUCUGCGGAUAAUAAAGUUAUGGUCGAUCUGAC